GUCACUUGUCUCUCAGAUUGUUGCUGGAAGGGGUCGGCGUCGACGUCUGACUAGGCUCCCGGCGUCUCACCUUUCUGGAGUGCGCUCUUGCUCGCGGCUCUAGAAACCUGUCCCCGGCUUCUCGGCCGCGGGCCCUGGAAGGAGACUUAUCGAGGCCGCUCGAGAACGAUCCCGGGCGCCCAAGCGUUCCCCUCGUCACCCACCCAGCGCCAUGUCCUGGAUGUUUAAGAGAGAUCCUGUUUGGAAGUACUUGCAAACUGUCCAGUAUGGAGUCCAUGGAAAUUUUCCACGCCUCUCAUAUCCAACUUUCUUUCCACGUUUUGAAUUCCAAGAUAUUAUUCCUCCAGAUGACUUCCUAACGAGUGAUGAAGAGCUAGAUUCAGUUUUAUUUGGUACUUUGAGAGGUCAUGUAGUUGGACUACGCUAUUACACAGGAGUAGUUAAUAAUAAUGAAAUGGUUGCAUUACAACGAGAGCCUAAUAACCCCUAUGAUAAGAAUGCAAUUAAAGUAAACAAUGUGAAUGGAAAUCAGGUUGGCCAUUUAAAGAAAGAUCUUGCAGCUGCUUUGGCCUAUAUCAUGGACAACAAAUUGGCACAAGUUGAAGGGGUAGUUCCUUUUGGUGCAAAUAAUGCUUUUACCAUGCCUCUACAUAUGACUUUUUGGGGAAAAGAAGAAAAUAAAAAAGCGGUUUUAGAUCAGUUGAAGAAACAUGGAUUUAAAUUGGGUCCUGCACCAAAAACUUUAGGAUUCAGUUUGGAAAGUGGUUGGGGCUCUGGAAGAGCUGGACCAAGCUAUAGUAUGCCAGUUCACGCUGCAGUACAAAUGACAACUGAACAGCUUAAGACAGAAUUUGACAAAUUGUUUGAAGAUUUAAAAGAAGAUGAUAAAACUCAUGAAAUGGAACCAGCUGAGGCUGUUGAAACACCAUUACUUCCACAUCAAAAACAAGCUUUAGCUUGGAUGGUUUCACGGGAAAAUAGUAAAGAACUUCCACCGUUCUGGGAACAGCGAAGUGACUUAUACUAUAACACAAUAACUAAUUUUUCUGAGAAGGACCGACCAGAAAAUGUUCAUGGAGGAAUUUUAGCUGAUGAUAUGGGUUUGGGUAAAACUCUGACAGCCAUUGCAGUGAUUCUUACCAACUUCCAUGAUGGCAAACCUCUUCCUUUUGAAAGAAUUAAAAAAAAUCAACUGAAGAAGGAAUGUAAUGUUUACGAUGAAUCUGUGCAACUUGGAGGGAACAAUACCAGUGAAAAGGCAGAUGGACUAACCAAAGGAUCUAGAUGUAGUGGAGAACCCAGUAUUUCAGAUGUCAAGGGAAAGAAUAAAUAUCCCAAGUCAGAAUUGUCUAGCUCCCGCCCCAAAAGAAGGAAAACUGUUGUACAGUACACUGAAAGCAGCGAUUCAGAGGACAUUGACACAAGUGACUUGCCACAGAAAAUGAAAGGCAAACUGAAAAAUACACAAUCAGAGACUAAAAUCAGAGUCAGAGCAGGAUCAUCUAAGGUUAAAGAAGAUGCAGAGUUUGCAUGUGCACUUACUUCAUCUACCCCUACAAUGAAAAAGAAAAUGUUGAAAAAGGGAGCAUCUGCAGUAGAGGGUUCUAAGAAGACUGAUGUUGAAGAGAGACCAAGAACAACAUUGAUCAUCUGUCCACUUUCUGUGUUAAGCAACUGGAUUGACCAGUUUGGACAACAUAUAAAAUCAGAUGUGCACUUGAAUUUUUAUGUUUACUAUGGUCCUGAUCGUGUUAGAGACCCAGCCUUGCUUUCAAAACAGGAUAUUGUUUUGACUACAUACAAUAUUUUAACUCAUGACUAUGGAACUAAAGGUGAUAGUCCAUUACAUAGCAUAAGGUGGCUAAGAGUGAUCCUGGAUGAAGGACAUGCCAUACGAAAUCCAAAUGCUCAGCAGACAAAAGCUGUACUUGAUUUAGAAGCAGAAAGAAGAUGGGUAUUGACAGGCACUCCAAUCCAGAAUUCUUUAAAAGACUUGUGGUCUCUCCUUUCCUUUUUAAAACUUAAACCAUUUAUUGAUAGAGAAUGGUGGCAUAGAACAAUACAGCGUCCUGUGACAAUGGGAGAUGAAGGAGGACUUAGGCGUUUACAGUCCCUAAUUAAAAAUAUUACACUUAGAAGAACAAAGACAAGCAAAAUUAAAGGAAAACCUGUUUUGGAGCUACCAGAACGUAAAGUAUUUAUUCAGCAUAUUACACUUUCUGAUGAAGAGAGAAAGAUUUAUCAAUCUGUGAAGAAUGAUGGCAGAGCUACUAUUGGAAGGUAUUUUAAUGAAGGGACGGUCCUUGCACAUUAUGCAGAUGUCCUGGGUCUUUUGCUUAGACUGCGGCAGAUUUGUUGUCAUACUCACCUUCUUACAAAUGCAGUGUCUUCCAGUGGUCCCUCAGGAAAUGAUACACCUGAGGAACUACGAAAGAAGUUAAUAAAGAAGAUGAAGUUAAUUCUGAGCUCAGGUUCUGAUGAAGAAUGUGCAAUCUGCUUGGAUUCUUUAACAGUUCCUGUCAUAACACACUGUGCACACGUCUUUUGUAAACCCUGUAUUUGCCAAGUCAUUCAGAAUGAGCAGCCACAUGCAAAAUGCCCUUUAUGCAGAAAUGAUAUACAUGGAGACAAUUUGUUAGAAUGUCCUCCAGAAGAAUUGGCAUGUGACACUGAGAAGAAAUCUAACAUGGAGUGGACAUCCAGUUCGAAGAUUAAUGCCUUAAUGCAUGCAUUGAUUGACUUAAGAAAGAAGAACCCCAACAUAAAAAGUUUAGUUGUUUCUCAGUUUACAACAUUCCUGUCUUUAAUAGAAACACCACUCAGAGCCUCCGGAUUUGUAUUUACUCGUUUGGAUGGUUCCAUGGCCCAAAAGAAAAGAGUUGAAUCAAUUCAGUGUUUUCAAAACACUGAAGCAGGAUCUCCAACUAUAAUGCUUCUGUCUUUAAAAGCAGGUGGAGUUGGUUUGAAUCUUUCUGCAGCUUCUCGAGUAUUUUUAAUGGAUCCAGCCUGGAAUCCAGCUGCUGAAGAUCAGUGCUUUGACAGAUGCCAUAGACUCGGCCAGAAGCAAGAAGUUAUUAUCACAAAAUUCAUUGUGAAGGACUCUGUUGAAGAAAAUAUGCUGAAAAUACAAAACACAAAGCGAGAACUUGCAGCUGGAGCCUUUGGAACUAAAAAAACUAAUGCUAGUGAAAUGAAACAGGCUAAAAUUAAUGAAAUCAGAACUCUAAUUGAUUUAUAAUUUGUGAUUGCUUUCACUUAAAGGAGAUUGAAUUUCAGCAUCAGAAACUCAGAAAAAUAAGUUAUCAAAUAACAUACCCAAGUAUAAAAGUAAAUUGUAAUCUAUUUGUAAUAGUAAGCAGAAAAAAAGCAAACUGAGACAUACUUUUAUUUAAGGAGAAGCCAAGUCUUACUUAGCUUAAUGCUCCAAGUCUCAGUAACAUUAAAGAGGUAAAUAUAUUUAUAUCUAGAGAUUUUAUGAUAAUAUUUCCUAUAUCACUCGAGAAGCUGAGAUUAUCUUCGGGAAAGCCUUUACUAAUUAGAAGUUGAAUCCUCUGCUGUGUAACAAACACCUGACCUUUCCAUGCAUCUUCUGCUAAAGACUGACUCCCUGUUGUAUUUAGUAUAAAUACUUUCUGGACGUAUCAGGUGGUUUUGAAAUGUCAUUUGGGUCACGGUCAUUGUUUGAUAGUUACUGGGGUAGAGAUACUGUGAUGAGGCCCAAGAAACUACUUAAUUAAGUCUCCAGUAUUUUCAAGAGCAGCUGGGUUGGAGACUUAGUUGCUCAAGCCUCUGGUUUUCAAUUAACUCCCUUUUCCUCUCUCUUCAUAUCCAAUCCAUCAGCAAUUUGAGUGCCUUCACCCUGGUGGAAGGUAUGUUGGAUUGCCACUGUCUCUCCAGGACCACUAUGGUAAACUAACUUGCCCUCCUAUCAACUCUGGUCCUCAUUUAAUUUUCCAUCAGCUGAAAAGCAGUAUUCUUAAAAUAUAAAUCACAAAAGACAUUCAGACCCUCUUUAAGAAGGACUGCAACAGAUUGAAACAAAUUAUAUUAAAAUUCAUCAAUUCAUAAUGGUACUAGAACAAACCACCUUUGGAGGAUGCUAAAAGCCAAUUCCUUACUUUACAUACUAAUUAGUGAGUGAAGGGAAAGAAGCAUUUAUCCUGCCCUUUUAGUAGAAACUUAACAUUAGAAUAAUUGAACUAUUGAUGAAUGAAAAUAUAUAGAAAUAUUUCAGCUAAUAAGUGAGAGUAUCACCAUUUUGCAGAUUUGCAUUUUGCAACCCCAAUGAGAUAAUGUAUCUAGGCAGUGAUCAUCAAUGGCAGUUAACAUCACAAGACAACCAGAGAUUUGGAAGUACCUAAUAACACUAUAAAGUAUUGCCAAAAAAUAGCAUACCUUAAUCUGAUUGGUUUUUAAGAAAUACAGAAUACAAGGAAACAUCAAAUUGCAAUCAGUAAAAUGUAGAACAUGGGAGACUUCAGGACAAACAAUCUUGUUUCUUCAAUAAAUAAGCUGCAAGGAAACAACAAAUAAGAAGGGAGGGCAAGGAAACACAAAGUGAAUCAGUUACAUAUAAACCAAUUGUACUGUAUGGGCCUUGAAUCCUGAUAAGAUCAAGGUAGAAAUAAAACAAAAUAAUCAAAGGACAUUUGGAAUUAAUAGGGUUUUUUUUUUGGUGUGAUUACUUGUUAUCCUUAUGUUUUAUGAUAAAUAUGGGAAUAUUUCUUAUAAAAUUUUUUAACGGAUUUGCUCUCAAAUAGUUUAGUGGGGAUAUAGGUGAAACAAUUGUUGAAGCUGGAUGAUGGGGAUUCUUUAUACUAUUCUGCUUACCUUUUUAUGUGUAUAUAAGUUCCCAUUAAUAAAAGUUAAAUAUAAAUUAAUAAAACUUUCAUCAAUUUCUAUAGAAUUUAGAAUAAAAUCCAAAGCCCAUACCUUGGCCUAUGAAACCAGGGUGUACCUCUCCAUUCUUGAAAACCUUUAUUUCCACCAAGUUCUCACCUGCUCCAGGCACCCUGUGCACACAAUUUCCUCUGAAGGAAAUAUUCUUCUUUGCCCUCACUCCCUUCUGGUGAUCCCACAGCCUCUCUCUCUGGCUUAAUCAGCAUCUUAUAGGAGGUCUUUCCUGACCACCCUAAGGUUGGACUUUCCCUGUUGUCAGUGUACUUUAUUUAGCAUACUUCACAAUUAUAUUUGUCAGUUUCUCUUUCAGUCUUGUUUCCUGCUAGAUUAAGGAACUACGUGUCUUGCACAUUCCUAUAUUUCUAAUGCCUGUCACAUAUGUGAUAUGGUUGGUACCUAAUAAGUGCUUGUUGAAUAAAUUACUCAGUGUUAUCUGUCUUAAAUACGUAUGUCAACCCAAAUUGUGUUUGAUGUGAAACUAAGAUAACUGAAUAAAUGUUUUGGUAGAUGUAA